CUUCUUUUAGUGUCGUAACAUCGAUUUAUACCUAACCAUCCAAUCCUUAUCAUCAUUGCCACUAACCACUGUCCUACCUUUUCUAAGAAAGCAGUAGUAAUAGCAAUAUAAAUAUAAGUCAGAUGUCGUAUAACGAUAAUAAUCACAAUUAUUAUGAUCCCAACCAACAGCCCAGUGGUGCUCCACUUCAGGGUGAUGGUUACUAUCAACAACCAUAUGAUGAUAUGAACCAACAACAACAAGAUUACUAUGAUCCAAAUGUUCAAUAUCAACAACAACCAUAUGAUAUGGAUGGAUACCAGGAUGGUGCCCAAUACGGUAGUCAACCUGCCCAAGGUUAUAAUGCUGAUCCAGAAGCCUUUUCUGAUUUCAGUUAUGGUGGUCAAACUCCAGGUGCUUCAUAUGAUCAAUAUGGUACCCAAUACACUCCUUCUCAAAUGAGUUAUGGUGGUGACCCAAGAUCUUCUGGUGCCUCAACUCCAAUUUAUGGAGGUCAAGGUCAAGGAUAUGAUCCAUCACAAUUCCAAAUGUCAUCUAACUUACCUUAUCCUGCUUGGUCUGCUGAUCCUCAAGCUCCAAUCAAGGUUGAGCAUAUUGAAGAUAUCUUUAUUGAUUUAACAAACAAGUUUGGUUUCCAAAGAGAUUCUAUGAGAAAUAUGUUUGAUUACUUUAUGACCUUGUUAGAUUCUAGAUCCUCAAGAAUGUCACCAGCUCAAGCACUUUUAAGUUUACACGCUGAUUAUAUUGGUGGUGAAAAUGCUAAUUAUAGAAAAUGGUUCUUUUCUUCCCAACAAGAUUUAGACGAUUCUCUCGGUUUUGCUAAUAUGGCCUUAGGUAAGAUUGGUAGAAAGGCUAGAAAAGCAUCCAAGAAGUCUAAGAAGGCAAGAAAGGCAGCCGAAGAACAUGGUGAAGAUGUUGAUGCUCUUGCUACUGAAUUAGAAGGUGAUUAUUCAUUGGAAGCUGCUGAAAUCAGAUGGAAAGCCAAGAUGAACACUUUAACUCCUGAAGAAAGAGUUCGUGAUAUUGCUCUUUACGUGUUAUUAUGGGGUGAAGCUAAUCAAGUUCGUUUUACUCCAGAAUGUUUAUGUUAUAUCUACAAGACUGCAUCUGAUUACUUGAACUCUCCAUUGUGUCAACAAAGACAAGAACCAGUUCCUGAAGGUGAUUAUUUGAACAGAGUUAUUACCCCAUUAUAUAGAUUCCUUAGAUCUCAAGUUUAUGAGAUUUACGAAGGUAAAUUCGUCAAACGUGAAAAGGAUCACAAUAAGGUUAUUGGUUAUGAUGAUGUUAAUCAAUUAUUUUGGUACCCAGAGGGUAUUUCCAGAAUCAUGUUUGAAGAUGGAACAAGAAUGGUGGAUAUUCCACAAGAAGAACGUUAUUUAAGACUUGGUGAAGUUGAAUGGAAUAAUGUAUUCUUCAAAACUUAUAAGGAAAUUAGAACUUGGUUACAUUUCAUUACUAAUUUCAAUAGAAUUUGGAUUAUCCAUGCAAGUAUUUACUGGAUGUAUACUGCUUACAACUCCCCAACCUUAUAUACCAAGAAUUACGUUCAAACCAGAAACCAACAACCUCUUGCUUCUUCAAGAUGGGCUGCUUGUGCUAUUGGUGGUGUCGUUGCUUCCCUUAUUCAAAUUUUUGCUACCCUUUUUGAAUGGAUGUUUGUUCCAAGAGAAUGGGCUGGUGCUCAACAUUUGACUCGUCGUUUAAUGUUUUUGAUUUUGAUUUUCUUUGUUAACUUGGCUCCUGUGGUUUAUACAUUCAAGAUUACUGGUUUAACAUUAUACUCCAAAUCUGCUUACGCGGUCUCAAUUGUUGGUUUCUUUAUUGCUGUUGCCACCAUUAUUUUCUUUGCCGUUAUGCCAUUGGGUGGGUUAUUCACUUCAUACAUGAACAAGAGAUCUAGAAGAUAUAUUUCAUCUCAAACUUUCACUGCUAAUUUCAUCAAGUUGAAGGGUUUGGAUAUGUGGAUGUCAUAUUUAUUAUGGUUCUUAGUUUUCCUUGCCAAGUUGGUCGAAUCUUAUUUCUUCUUGACCUUAUCUAUUAGAGAUCCUAUUAGAAUUUUGUCCACCACUACCAUGAGAUGUGUUGGUGAAGUUUGGUAUAAGGAAGCAGUUUGCAGAAACCAAGCUAAGAUUGUUUUGGGUUUGAUGUACCUUGUUGAUUUGUUAUUGUUCUUCUUGGAUACUUACAUGUGGUACAUUAUUUGUAACUGUAUCUUCUCCAUCGGUCGUUCCUUCUACUUGGGUAUUUCUAUCUUGACUCCAUGGAGAAACAUUUUCACCAGAUUGCCAAAGAGAAUCUACUCCAAGAUUUUAGCUACCACUGAAAUGGAAAUUAAGUAUAAGCCAAAGGUUUUGAUUUCCCAAAUCUGGAACGCUAUUGUGAUUUCUAUGUACAGAGAACAUUUGUUAGCCAUUGACCAUGUCCAAAAGUUAUUAUACCACCAAGUUCCUUCAGAAAUUGAAGGUAAGAGAACUUUGAGAGCUCCAACUUUCUUUGUUUCUCAAGAUGAUAACAACUUUGAAACUGAAUUCUUCCCAAGAAAUUCCGAAGCUGAAAGAAGAAUUUCUUUCUUUGCUCAAUCUUUAGCUACUCCAAUUCCAGAACCAUUACCAGUUGACAACAUGCCUACUUUUACUGUUUUCACUCCUCACUAUUCUGAAAAGAUUUUGUUAUCAUUGAGAGAAAUUAUUAGAGAAGAUGAUCAAUUCUCUAGAGUUACUUUAUUGGAAUACUUGAAACAAUUGCACCCAGUUGAAUGGGACUGUUUUGUCAAGGAUACUAAGAUUUUGGCUGAAGAAACUGCUGCCUACGAAAAUGGCGAUGAUUCCGAAAAGAUGUCUGAAGAUGGAUUGAAAUCUAAGAUUGAUGAUUUACCAUUCUACUGUAUUGGUUUCAAGUCUGCUGCCCCUGAAUAUACUUUAAGAACUAGAAUCUGGGCCUCUUUGAGAUCUCAAACUUUAUAUAGAACUGUUUCUGGUUUCAUGAAUUAUGCUAGAGCUAUCAAGUUGUUGUACAGAGUUGAAAACCCAGAAUUGGUUCAAUACUUUGGUGGCGAUCCAGAAGGUUUAGAAAUGGCUUUGGAAAAGAUGGCUAGAAGAAAGUUUAGAUUCUUGGUUUCUAUGCAAAGAUUGUCCAAGUUUAAGGAUGAUGAAAUGGAAAAUGCUGAAUUCUUGUUACGUGCUUACCCAGAUUUACAAAUUGCUUACUUAGAUGAAGAACCUGCUGAAGAAGGUGAAGACGCUAGAGUUUACUCCUCAUUGAUUGAUGGUCAUUGUGAAAUGUUAGAAAACGGAAGACGUCGUCCUAAGUUCAGAGUUCAAUUGUCUGGUAAUCCAAUUUUGGGUGAUGGUAAGUCUGAUAACCAAAAUCAUGCUGUUAUUUUCCACAGAGGUGAAUAUAUUCAAUUGAUUGAUGCUAACCAAGAUAACUAUUUGGAAGAAUGUUUGAAGAUUAGAUCUGUUUUGGCUGAAUUUGAAGAAUUGAAUGUUGAACAUGUUAACCCAUAUGCUCCAAACUUGAAGAGUGAAGAAUUGAAGGACAAAAAGGAACCUGUUGCUUUCUUGGGUGCUAGGGAAUAUAUUUUCUCUGAAAACUCUGGUGUUUUGGGUGAUGUUGCCGCUGGUAAAGAACAAACUUUUGGUACCUUGUUUGCUAGAACUUUGGCUCAAAUUGGUGGUAAAUUGCAUUAUGGUCACCCGGAUUUCUUAAAUGCUACAUUUAUGUUAACUAGAGGUGGUGUUUCUAAGGCUCAAAAGGGUUUACAUUUGAACGAAGAUAUUUAUGCUGGUAUGAAUGCUAUGAUGAGAGGUGGUAAGAUUAAGCAUUGUGAAUACUACCAAUGUGGUAAAGGUAGAGAUAUGGGUUUCGGCUCUAUUUUGAAUUUCACUACUAAGAUUGGUGCUGGUAUGGGUGAACAAAUGUUGUCCAGAGAAUACUACUACUUGUCUACUCAAUUACCAUUGGAUCGUUUCUUGUCUUUCUACUAUGGUCAUCCAGGUUUCCAUAUUAAUAACUUGUUCAUUCAAUUGUCUUUACAAGUUUUCAUUUUGGUUUUGGCUAACUUGAACUCUUUGGCUCAUGAAUCUAUUAUGUGUUCUUACAACAAGGAUGUUCCAAUUACUGAUGUUUUAUAUCCAUAUGGUUGUUACAACUUGGCUCCAGCUGUUGAUUGGGUUAGACGUUAUACUUUAUCCAUUUUCAUUGUCUUCUUUAUUUCCUUCAUCCCAUUGGUUGUUCAAGAAUUAAUUGAAAGAGGUGUUUGGAAGGCUUUCCAAAGAUUUGUUAGACAUUUCCUUUCCUUAUCACCAAUGUUUGAAGUUUUCGUUGCCCAAAUCUAUUCUUCAUCUGUUUUCACUGAUUUAACUGUUGGUGGUGCUAGAUAUAUUUCCACUGGUAGAGGUUUUGCCACUUCAAGAAUCCCAUUUUCAAUUUUGUACUCCCGUUUUGCUGAUUCUUCUAUUUACAUGGGUGCAAGAUUGAUGUUGAUUUUAUUAUUCGGUAGUGUUUCUAAAUGGCAAGCUCCAUUAUUGUGGUUCUGGGCUUCAUUGUCAUCAUUGAUGUUUUCACCAUUUAUUUUCAACCCUCAUCAAUUUGCUUGGGAAGAUUUCUUCAUUGAUUACAGAGAUUUCAUUAGAUGGUUAUCCAGAGGUAAUACCAAGUGGCACAGAAACUCAUGGAUUGGUUACAUUAGACUUUCUAGAUCUCGUGUUACUGGUUUCAAGAGGAAGAUGAUUGAUGAUAUUUCUGAAAAGUCUGCUGGUGAUGCAUCCAGAGCUCACAGAUCCAACAUCUUGUUUGCUGAUUUCAUUCCAUGUCUUCUUUACACUGCUGGUCUUUAUGUUGCCUUUGUUUUCAUUAAUGCCCAAACUGGGGUUACUGAAUAUCCAUAUGAAAUUUUGGGUUCUAGAAGGCCACAACCAGUCAAUGCUACUUUGAGAGUUGUUAUUUGUGCAUUAGCUCCUGUUGUUAUUGACAUGGGUAUUUUAGCUGUCUGUGUUGCCAUGGCCUGUUGUGCUGGUCCAAUGUUGGGUAUGUGUUGCAAGAAGACUGGUGCUGUUAUUGCUGGUGUUGCCCAUGGUGGUGCUGUCAUUGUUCACAUUGUUUUCUUUAUUGUCAUGUGGGUCUUGGAAGGUUUCAACUUUGCCAGAUUAUUAUUAGGAUUUGCCACUAUGAUUUACAUUCAAAGAUUAUUAUUCAAGUUUUUAACCUUGUGUUUCUUGACUAGAGAAUUCAAGAACGAUAAGGCCAACACUGCCUUCUGGACUGGUAAGUGGUAUAACACUGGUAUGGGAUGGAUGGCUUUCACUCAACCAUCUCGUGAAUUUGUUGCCAAGAUUAUUGAAAUGUCUGAAUUUGCCGGUGAUUUCGUAUUGGCUCAUAUCAUUUUAUUCUGUCAAUUACCAGUGUUGUGUAUUCCAUUGAUUGACAGAUGGCACUCUACUAUGUUAUUCUGGUUGAAACCAUCUAGAUUGAUUAGACCACCAAUUUACUCAUUGAAGCAAGCUAGAUUAAGAAAGAGAAUGGUUAGAAAAUACUGUACAUUAUACUUUGCCAUUUUGGUAUUAUUUGUUGUUAUUAUUGUUGCCCCAGCUGUUGGUUCCAGUCAAGUUGCUGUUGAUCAAUUUGCUAACAUUGGUGGUAAUGGAUCUAUCAUCAAUGGUUUGUUCCAACCAAGAAACAUCAGUAACAACGAUACUGGUCCAAACAGACCUAAAUCAUACACCUGGUCUUAUUUCAGUACUCCAGAAAAGGGUAAGACCAAGGGUUAUUCUACCAACCCAUUCUAGAGUAUUGGUUUAAAAAAAGAUGUGUAUCAUUAGAUAUUUUUGUUGCCGAUUAUCAUUUAACAUUUUGUUUAUUUUGUUUAUACAAGUUCUUUAUAUACUUUUUUUUAUAUUAAAUUCAUGGAUUAUUACUGUUAACU